GAGGAUAUCUCCAUGGAUUUCAUAGUGGGACUACCCAGAACCACGAAUGGUUUUGAUGCCAUCUGGGUAAUAGUCGACAGAUUGACUAAAUCAACCCACUUCUUAGCUAUCAGGAUAUCCUACUCCAUGGAGCAGCUAGCUCAGUUGUAUCUCAAGGAGAUUGUCAGACUGCAUGGAGUUCCACGGACCAUUAUUUUAGACAGAGACAUUACUCAUACGAGAAGGUCGGAAAUUAGGUUCGGAGGUAAGCUAGCUCCGCGGUACAUUGGUCCUUUCGAGAUCUUGGAGAGGAUCGGAGCGGUAGCUUACCGAUUGGCACUACCACCGUCUCUGUCAGGCGUUCACGAUGUAUUUCACGUAUCGAUGCUGAGGAGAUACGUGCCCGACCCGACACAUGUGCUGGCAGAUAUCCCAGUUCCAGUUCAGCCUGACAUUACCUAUGAGGAGGUUCCGGUACGGAUACUCGACCGGAAAGAGCGUCAGUUGCGGAACAAGACUAUCUGGCUGGUUAAAGUCGGAUGGCAGUAUCAUUCAGACAAGGAGGCUACUUGGGAGCUUGAGGAUACGAUCCGAGCUCGAUACCCUCAU